CUUGGUCCUUCCCCCGCCUCGCAAGAUGGCUGCGGCGCGGGCGGGCCCGGAGCCGUGGAAUCGCGUGAGGAUCCCCAAGGCGGGGAGCCACAGCGCUGUGACAGUGCAGGCGCCCGGCGCGGGCCUGGAACUUUGCAUUGCAACUGUAAUUAAAGAAUGCUGUCUUGUCACACUGUCACUGAAGAGCCAAACCUUAGAUGCAGAAACAGACGUGUUAUGUGCAGUCCUUUACAGCAAUCACAACAGAAUGGGCCGCCACAAGCCCCAUCUGGCCCUCAAACAGGUUGAACAAUGUUUAAAACGUUUGAAAAACAUGAAUUUGGAGAGUUCAAUUCAAGAUCUGUCUGAGUUGUUUUCCAAUGGAAAUCGGCCUGUAGCUACCAAAACAUGUGUCAUCCCCAGCCAACCAGUGGUGGAACUGGUGUUGAUGAAGAUUUUGGGAGCCUGCAAGUUGUUGCUUCGCUUGUUGGACUGUUGCUGCAAAACAUUUCUCUUGACUGUGAAACACCUAGGUUUGCAAGAAUUCAUUAUUUUAAACCUUGUGAUGGUUGGGAUAGUGAGCAGAUUAUGGGUUCUCUAUAAAGGUGUUUUAAAAAGGCUGAUUUCUUUAUAUGAGCCAUUGUUUGGAUUGCUUCAGGAGGUCUCUAGGAUUCAACCAUUGCCUUACUUCAAAGAUUUCACCUUUCCUUCUGAUAUUGCUGAAUUUUUAGGACAGCCCUAUUUUGAAAUCUUUAAGAAAAAAAUGCCUACAGCUUUUGCAGCUAAAGGAGUAACUAAAUUGCUAAAUAAACUGUUUUUAACAAAAGAGCAAUCACUGAGGCCCAGUGAAGAAACUUUACUUGGAAUUUCCAAAAAAGCUAAACAAAUGAAGAUCAAUAUACAGAAUAAUGUGGACAUUGGACGGCCUGUAAAGAAUAAGAAAAUCUUCAAAGAAAAGUCAUCAGAAUUUGAUGUGAGGGCUUUCUGCAAACAGCUGAAACACAAGGCUGUUCAGGAAACCAACUUUGAGUUCAGUUGUUCUAAAUCCAAACUAAAGGCAACCAAAUAUUCUUCUCAGAAGGCGAUAGGAACUCCCUGUGCCAAAAGUUUUGUGCAAAGAUUCCGAGAAGCUCAGACUUUUCUACAGCUUUCUGAAGAAAUCCAAAUGGCGAUUCGCUGGAGCAGGAGCAAAAAACUCAGAGCUCAGGCCACCUUUCUGGGUAACAAACUUCUUAAAAGUAACCGGCUUAAACAUGUGGAAGCUCAAGGCUAUAGUUUGCCAAAGAAAUUAGCGUGCAUAAAAACAUCUAUUUGCAACUGCCUUCUUCGUGGCUCAGGUAUCAAGACUUCAAAGCAUCAUCUGAGACAAAGAAGAUCACAGAAUAAAUUUUUACUGAGAGAGAGGAAACCACCGAGAAAGCUGCAGUCGACUCUUUUAAAGGAAAUUCACCAGUCCCCUCAGGGGACUCAGAGUGCUACUGAUACCAGUAAAUGGGGACGGGCACACUGUACGGUUCAUAGAACUGAUCUCUACCUUAACAGUAAGCAGGUCUUGAGUAGCAGAGUUUCACAUCCUGUCAUACAAACUCCAGAGAAACAAAUUCAUGAAAAUUGUACAGGAAGCAGUGAAAAUGAAGCUGAUUCAUGGACAUUGAUACAAAUAAACAAACAUAAUACAUCAGGAACCGUUAAGGAGACAGAUGACAUUGAUGAUAUUUUUGCUUUAAUGGGAGUUUAGAUGCUCAUAUGUGAGACUUUUAAGUGAUUAACAAACUGGUCCAGUGUCCUGCUGUUUUAAGUGGAACUGCUGAGAUCUGGAAAGAUCUGGAAGUACCACUGGGACUCAGAGGAGCUGCUUUAGUGCAACACUGUAUGGCAGAAAAGUCAUUUCAGUUCAACAAACAUUUAU